GAUGGGCAAGUUUCACCGUCUUCGUACUGCCAGGAAGCUCCGUAGUCACCAAUGGGACCAAAAGUGGCAUGAUAAACAAUACAAGAAGGCCCAUUUGGGUAUAGCCCUGAAGGCCAACCCUUUUGGAGGUGCUUCCCAUGCAAAGGGAAUUGUGCUGGAAAAAGUAGGGGUUGAAGCCAAACAACCAAAUUCAGCCAUCAGGAAGUGUGUCAGGGUCCAGCUGAUCAAGAAUGGCAAGAAAAUCACGGCUUUUAUACCCAGUGAUGGUUGCCUGAACUUUAUUAAGGAAAAUGAUGAAGUUCUAGUUGCUGGAUUUGGUCCAAAAGGUCAUGCUGUUGGCGACAUUCCUGGAGUCCACUUCAAGGUUGUUAAAGCAGCCAAUGUCCCCCUUUACAAAGGCAAGAAGGAAAGACCAAGAUCAUAA